AGCUCGUCGUCAUAUACGCGCGCGUUUCCGUGCACGCGAGUGGUGCAGUUUCGCCUUCGUCCAUACCGCGCGCGCGCGCGUUUUACCCGUACUUUAAAACGUGUUCACCGACAAAUGACACGAUCGUUUACCGUACGAACAUCUGAUUCCGUCAAUCAUACCGUAUUCGUGCGUUCGUUUUCGCAUUGAAUUCGAUAUUGUGGCCGCUGCUGUCGCUGUGCCCAGGUCCCAUCACGCGUGCAUGGAUCGCAAGAAUCGCGCAGACAUCCGCCUCCGCCGCGUCCGAAGUUUUAAUAGAACGCUAUAAACGUAAGCAGAACAAGCCCGAAGCGGACACGUCAAGACGACUCAGGUAUUCGACUUCUAUGCUAAGUACCAGAGAUCUCUGUUCAGAAGAAGACAUGUUGGACGGACUACAACUUCGCGGCCGAUCUUUCGACGUCUCCACUACUGACCAUUCGAGAUCGCCCAGCACAGAGGACGGUUCGUUUUACCUACCGGACAACAAUAAUGCGUCCGAAGACGACGACGAUAACGUUAAAAGUGAUUCCGAAAGUUCGGACGAGAAAUCGCGAAGACCUCUGGCAGGAAAGCGAAAACGGCAGACGAGCGUGGACGAGGACGACGGCACGACAGUCACGUCCAACACGAGGAGAUGUCGCAGGAGCAUCCGGCAAAGGCGGUCGGUGGAAUCGCUGUCGGCCAAGGACCGGAACAUGCGAAGACUGGAGAGCAACGAACGCGAAAGGUUGCGCAUGCACUCCUUAAACGACGCUUUUGAGAAAUUACGCGAAGUGGUUCCGCAUGUGAAAAUGGGACGUAAACUGUCCAAGUUGGAGACAUUGACAUUGGCGAAGAACUACAUAAUGGCAUUGACAAAUGUUAUAUGUGAGAUGAGAGGAGAACAAAAACCAUUUACUUUUGAUGAUCCUGAACAUGGCGAGAACGAUUAUGCAUCGAGCAACGACGGUGGAUUCGAGUCGGGCAAUAGUGGAAAAAUUCCGUCGAAUCUGGAACAAGAGUUACUAUCUUCGGAUUAAAAUACAUGACACUUUUUACACUUUGUACAUUUCCUAUUUUUUUUUCUUUUAUUUUGUUAAUAGUAUUGCGUUGUACAAGCUAAACCGUUGCGUAUCAGUUAAUUUACCACUAAAACACUGUUUUUGCGUUUUGACGUUUACCAAAUAUCUAUUUUUGUUUUUAUAAUGUUAUAUUAUUGUAUUACUAUUGUUAACUAUAAUAU